CCCGAACCUUUUUUCCCCGGGGGCUAAGGUUUUUGCAUACGGUCUAAACGAUGCCUGGAGUGGUAUUUCUUGUUUGUGUUCCGACGGCAAAUUAUGAAAGGACGUUAAUUAACGGAAUAAAUUAUGCCCCAAAUAAUGAACAGCUGCCACCACCAGUACCGUCCCAUCAGCCGGCACGUAAUCUUAAUAUAAAUCUCCCGGAAAACGUGCCCCACGGUCCGAGAGGGCAGCGCACAAAUGCCAACCCCGUAGACAAUGCAGUCGGAAAUGCAGUCCUUCGGCUUGAGGUUGAGCUGCGUGACAAACACGCAGCACAGGGCCGUCGUACGGCAAACAAAGCGAAACCACCUAAACCACCGUACGGUGCGGCGAACGCGAUAAAAGGACCACCGAACGAUGGUGGAUCAGCACCGUUGGAAAAGGUGCUGGACGAGCUGCUUAAGAAGCUAGAUGUCGAACGCGUUAUAUGGCACCCGGACAAGGAUGGCCAGUACUAUCAGGUGGUUUUUCCCUUGGCAGCUGGUGAUCCUUGUGAAACUACUCUCCACUGCCUAACGGAGCUAGGAAUCGGUGUGAAGUACAACUCCAGCGUAAGCGUUCUUCCAUGCAGCGUCAGCUACGACGGCUGCAAUGAUACCAGCAACGAAGAUGAAUACGGGGAUGAGUGUGAGGAAAAUUCCAAAUGGAACAACUUCGUCGACUCGAUCCGCUCGAAGCUCACCGUGAAGCAGGUGGUUGAUGGAGUGCGAGCCGGCGGUUCACUAUCGUUCGACUACUUGCUGCUCAUCGUCACGGCAGACUCACUAGCCGCCCUAGGACUGGUGGAAAAUAAUGCACCAAACAUUGUGGCCGCGAUGCUGGUUUCCCCACUGAUGGGUCCGGUAAUGUCGAUUACCUUCGGAACGAUCAUAGCCGACCGCGAGCUGGUGAAGGUUGGCUUUACAGCGCUCGCCCUCGGUAUGUUCAUCUCGAUACUGUUUGGAUUCAUUUUCGGGCUGAUACUCGGCACCACCGAGAUGCCGUGGGGAUUCGGUGAUUUCCCAACGGAGGAAAUGAAGGGCCGUGGUAACGCACGCUCCCUGUGGAUGGGCAUACUCUGGGCACUAACAUCCGGUAGCGGUGUAGCAGUGGCAUUACUCCAGGGCUCGGCCGGACCAUUGAUAGGUGUUGCAAUUUCCGCUUCGCUGCUACCACCGGUCGUGAACUGUGGUCUGUUCUGGGCACUGGCCUGUAUUUGGUUGAUUUACAAGGAGGAAGAUAUCAAGAUGCCCCACCUGAAGGGUGAACCGUACAGCGGUAACUCUAGCUACGAAUUCAUCUACACCAAUUACAUCCCCACGGAGUUUCUAAUUAACGGCAUCGUUUCCGGUCUGCUGACGGUGAUCAACGUUAUUUGCAUCUUCAUUACCGCCAUCAUCGUGCUGAAGAUUAAGGAGGUAGCCGCACCGUACACAUCCAGUCCGGAUUUGCGCCGAUUUUGGGAAACGGACAUUCGCACGGCACGUACAGCGAACCGUACAACAAUUCGUCGAAACCGUGGCGGCGAAGCGGACAUUAUGUCAACUUACGCCGAGCUGGAAAAUGACCCGAAGGCACGGAAUCUGGAGAAUGCACUCGAGCAGGCCCUGAAGGAAGCCGUCGACGAUGACACCUAUCGAAAGGUCAAGCGGAUGAGCUAUUCCAGCAAUGCAGCCGGCGAGAUUGCCGAGCGCCUGUUCGGGUACGGUGGUUCCGCUUCCGGUACGCAAGCAGUGUCUAACAAUGGGGGCCAAAUUGGAAAUCCCAUGGCAACCAGUUCGAGCACGAAGACGACGGCCGAUUUGAAACUGUUGGAGAAACUCGUUACCUCACUGCUGGAAACGCACAACAGUUCCGCCACCGAUGGCCGUACCGAAGGACUUCACCGGUCCGGAUCCGUACUUGGGCGCUUCCGUCCGAUGUCACGCUCGUUCCGCUCGACAAGCUCGCUGCGAAGACGCAACGAAGGUUCGGUCGGUGCUUCCGGCGGUACGGGUGGUGGUGGAGGACCGGGUGGCGGUGCACCCGGCGGAGAGGGAACGAUGCCAACUAUUCAGGAAUCUGGCACCGACCGAAACAGUGGAAGCCGAGGAAGACGCAAUUCCUGGAACGAUCGGGCCGGUGGGAAUGUGCGGCGGGUGCUAAACUCUAUCGCUAACGCGCCGCACCGGUUCAGCCAGUCGUUGAGUGGCGGUGGACCACUUCAGGACAACGACGAGGAGCGCAGUAAUUUGACGCAGAACAUUCUUUGACGGGGUCGUGACAAAGUUAAUAAGGAU